AUGGAUCCAGUAUUCAAAGAUCAUAAUAUAAUUGCAAUACCAGAGAAGAUAAAAUCAUCAUCAGCCAAUAAUCCACAACAGCAACAGCCACAACAACAGCAGACAACAGUCAUUUCUCCAUCAAUAAUAAACAUAAACAGCAACGAUCCUCGUGGAUCAAUGAUUGCUGUUGCCAGUAACAACAGAGAUUCAACUAUAUUCACCCCAACAUCAGUCACUGAGGAGUUUCCCAAACAAAUCCAACCAAAUAUAUUACUGCAUAACCGAUCUAGAUCUCAUUCUCAGUCAAUUAAUUCAUCAAGACAACUAUUCCAACCAAUUCAUCACACUGGUUCAUAUCAUUCACAAUAUCAACCAACCAACACGCAAUACAACGAACCACCAAUAGGUCUGAAACAUCCUAUGACUGCACCACAACCAGCAGGAUAUCGUUAUAGUCAACAGCUAUCCAAUUUGCAAGAUGCUGCAUUACGUUCUCGUCAACCAAACUGGACUACGUUAAUCCCCCCACUUCCACCAAAUGAGCAACAUCAAAAAGAACCACUGCCAGAUAAGGAUGAAUUCAAUUUUGCUAGUCGACCUGCAACAACCCCAAAUACACCUAAUUUUCCAACAAGAAGUCCACUCCGCGACAAACAAUCACAUUCAGAACUGAGUAUGUUAAGUCCAUCACAUCGACAUUCAAUUGCAAUAUCACCCACGGCGCCGAAAUCACAACUGCAUGAUUCAAAUCCUCCACCACUACAACAGCCAAGAUUUGAUAGAGACAUGACACGAGAAUUAACCAAGUUUUCACCACCUUUUACCUCUCCGAACAACCUUGCAGUCAGUGGCUCCCGCAGGAAGAGCAAAAAAAGUUGUCAUAAAUGUGGACAGGAGAUUACUGGUCAAUUCGUAAGAGCUUUACAAAAUGCAUAUCAUGUCAAUUGUUUUACAUGUCAUGAAUGUGGGAAACAAUGUUCAUCAAAAUUCUUCCCAUACGAAAUGACAGUCAAUGGAGAAGUCCAACAAGUACCAUUAUGUGAAUAUGAUUAUUUCAAAAAGCUAGACUUAAUUUGUCAUAAUUGUAAUUCAGCACUAAGAGGACCUUAUAUAACUGCAUUGGGGAAUAAAUAUCAUUUGGAGCAUUUUAAAUGUAGUGUUUGUCAACGAGUUUUUGAAUCUGAUGAAAGUUACUAUGAACACGAAGGUCAGAUUUAUUGUCAUUAUCAUUAUUCAGUAUCAUAUGCAUCGCAUUGUGAAGGUUGUAAUUCAUCAAUUGUUAAACAAUUUGUGGAAUUAUUUAGAGGUGGAAGAAAUCAACAUUGGCAUCCUGAAUGUUAUAUGGUUCAUAAAUUUUGGAAUGUUUGUAUAACCGCUGAUUCAGUAGGAUUACAAAAUUUACAUGGUAUUGCUGACGAUGAUUUAUUAAAUUUGCAAUUAAUAAAAAUUCAAGAGAGCAAAGAGGAAUUAGAUCAUAAACUAUUGUUAUCUAUUGAACAACUGAUUGAACGAGUCGUUAUGCGUUGUUGGUUGACUUUAUCUGGAUAUGAAGAAACCACGGCCAGUUGUAUUUCCGAUAUGUUAUUGAAUGCAUGUACAGGAAAUAAAUUCAAUGGAUUGGUUGUUACUGGGAAAUUAAUCUUAAAUGUAGAGGUUCUAUUCAAAGCAUUAGAUUUCGUAUUUGAAAUGUGUCAGAAUUCAACAGCUUUAUUGCAAGAAAAAAUUCAACCAAUACAACGACUGUCAUCGCAACCUCAACCACCACACGAUGGUAGUGAUGAUGGGGAUUCAUCUUCUAGUAAUCCUGAAGAAGAAUACUUUCAACAAUUAAAGAAGGAACCAAGAAAUAUCACAGGAAAAAUUAUGAGUUAUUUAGCAGUAUUGAGGAAAUCCGAUCAUCUUGCUAAAUCAGGUAGUCUUUCUGCUGAAUUAUUAUCAGUCAUAACAGGCUGUGCUCAUUAUUUGAAAUUACUUAUUAGAAUUGGUUUGCAUAAUGCUUUGAAAUUGAAUAGAUUAUAUGGCAACACAACCGCAAUUGAUAAAUUUUUAUUAUUAACUGCGGAAACAGAAUCAAUUAGUUCAUUAUCGGAUGAAAGACAACAACUUCCUUUGAUUAAUUCAAGAUUGACAAUCCCAGCAUAUUCCACCGAUGCAUGUAUGUCAUGUUCAAAAAGUAUAGAAAGAUCAUGUUUCAAACAGGGCAAUAAUCGUUGGCAUGUAAAGUGUGUAAUUUGUUCAUCAUGUGGGAGAGGAAUUGGCCCCAAUGAGGCAAGAGUAACGAAAGUGGAUCGGGGAUCUAAUGAUAGAAUCAUAUGUCAAGAUUGUCCAGAUGGGAAUAAUACUGUUGUUGGGUUUGAAAUUAUUUCGGAUUUAUCUCAGUUGGUUUUUCUAUUAAAGAUUGCUCUUGCUAGAUCUAGAUCGGUCAUGAAGGUUGAUUUCACCAAUCCACCAGCUGAUUUUGGUAUUAGUAAGGAUAAAGGCAUAUCGAGAGUAUUAACUACUGGUGGAAGUACACCUCUGCGUGAACAAUUGACGGCAUCAACUGCGACUGCUACCAGUUAUUCUCAGACACUUGAUGAUGUGACUACAUUAAGAAGAAAACGCCAAAGUCAGAAAUUAUUUACUUCAGUCAAAAAGAGUGCGAGAAAAUCGGUGAUUUUAGAAGUUCCAGAAGGUACGAAAGCAAGUCAAGAUGAAAUUAGGCGACCAAAUGUUACUGAAGAUCAUAUUGCUGAAGAAUUGGCUGACCUUAGUUUUGAACAAAUCCCAUCCUCCGCAUCGGCAACAGCUGCUCAACCAAAUCGUGUUGGAAGUACUACAUCACAAUUAUCCUAUGCUUCUCAACGAAGUGAACACUUGAAUGUUAAGCCAUUGAUUAGAGAUGAACCACAACGACAGCAAUCCAAUAUCCACCUUGAUAGAACUUCAGAUAUGUUAAAGAAUGAGAAAUCAUUGACAUUGGAUGAUAUUCCUAGAAUCGUGGCGGCUGAACAAGCAAGAGAUCAACGUCCAAAUGCAUUCAAACAUCAUAAUACAUUAUAUCAAAGACAAUCAACUCAGAUUCGUAUGAAACCAGGAACACGUUCUCCAUCUAAUUUAACUCCAUCAGGUGUAUUGGAUAAUAUUUUAAGUAGUGGUCGUUCAGUUGAUGAAUCGCAGUCGUUUAAGAAGACAAAAUAUUAUUCUGAAUUGAGUAAAGAGGAACAUUUCAUACUUCGUCAUAUUGCGGUAGAGGCAUUGGUUCACGUGAAUAGUAAUAAUAAUAUUGGUGGAUGUAGUAAGGAUGAUUUAAUUGGGUUUAUUCAAAAGAAGAAACAAUCUACAUUUUGGGAUAAAUUUAAAUUCAGUAGUGAUGUUAAAAAGGAUAAAGUAAUGGCUGUCUUUGGGGUAGAUUUAUUUAGUUUGACGAGAAAAUAUGGGAUUGAUUCUGAUUUAGGUGUUGGACCAUCCAAAGUACGCAUACCUAUUGUUAUUGAUGAUGUAAUUAACGCAUUGAGACAAAAGGAUAUGAGUGUUGAAGGUAUUUUUAGAUUAAAUGGAAAUAUCAAGAAAUUGCGUGAAUUGACUGAAGAAAUCAAUAAGAAUCCAUUGAAAUCUCCUGAUUUUAGCAAUCAAAGCGCUGUUCAAUUAGCUGCACUAAUGAAGAAAUGGUUACGUGAAUUACCUAAUCCUUUAUUGACAUAUAAUCUUUAUGAUAUUUGGAUCUCAUCCCAACGAGAACGGAAUCCGGCUUUAAGAAAACGAAUCCUUCAGUUGGCUUAUUGUAUGUUACCUAGAAGCCAUCGGAAUUUAGUGGAAGUAUUGCUUUAUUUUUUCAGUUGGGUAGCUUCAUUUUCUGAAAUUGAUGAAGAAACAGGGUCCAAGAUGGAUAUUCAUAAUUUGGCCACAGUUGUUGCUCCUAAUGUCUUGAUUUCAAAACAAAAUUCUCAAAGUAAUGAUAAUAUGAUGGCAACCCAACAGCCUGGAGAUAAUUAUUUCUUGGCUAUUGAAGUUGUGAAUCAAUUGAUUGAAACGCAUGAAGAAUUGAGUAUCAUUCCUCAUGAUUUGUGGAAUUUCUAUGAAACUUGUGGAUUUCCAAACAAAUUAGAAAAAGAACUUUCUUCGAAGGAAAUUCUGAAUAUAAUUGAGAAAUAUCUUAAAGAAGAUCCAAAUUAUUUUGAUGAUUUUGAUGUGAAGAAUCCUGAAGGUAUUGCGAACUUGGAAGUAAGAAGUAAUACUAUUUUGAAAACUGGAUAUCAAGGAAGUGGUGCAUUGAAUGGCGAAACACAACAAGCUGGUUGA